ACAAUGGCGUCGUAAAUGACAAAAGACUCAUGAACUGUAGGCUACUUUUUUUUUUUUUUAUGUUGUUCAAUUUUGUUAAAUGGUUAUUGUACAUGAACAAAAAGACGGUAAUGAUUGACAUAUUGUUGCUUUGUGCGUCACAAUGAACUACCUAGAUGCGUCAACAGUAAUAUUUAGUCUAGUUGCCCUCGCAAUAACUUCACUCGAACACAGUUAACACACCCUUUUUCUGCUACCAGGCGUGUGAGAUGUAGUUUUGUUACAUUAUUAUUUUGUUCGCCAGAACCGCAGCAAUUGUGAAAACGGAGAAAACUAGAGAAGGUUUUUAAAAUAAAAUACAUUAUCCAACUGUUCUGCACCGGGAAGUUGGAUUUGGACAUAUAUUUUAAUAUCUAGUUUAGUUAGUCGCAUUUGAAAUAUUGAAAUAUAUAUUUUUAGAACCCACAAAACAGCUCUAUCCCUUAAACUCAAACAAUAUAUCCCCUCAACGACUUGCUGUAGUUAUUGAGUGUCAAAAUGAUUGCAAAUAAAAUACAUUUUGAAAUCAAAGCCUGUAAGUCCUUUAAAGAAGCACUGAGUAAAAAGUACAUCCUUGACAUCUUUUUGUCAAAUAUUAAAUUCAAAAUCACUUUUCAAAAAUCAAGUAGCUUGUGUAAAAGCUAUGUUUUAAUAUAACUAAGUACCUUACCUGUCUUACUCACUGUCUACUAUUUUAAGUAUUUUGCCCUUUUAACUUUUAAAAACUUUUUUAGGACUAGGCCAAAUUAUUUUUGUCCGCAAGUUUUAUUAAGAAUUUUAUUUAUGUUAGGCCUAUAUAAAAAAUAUAAUAUUAUUAAUAUAGUAGGCUAAGUAGGCCUUAUACUAUAUCUACUAGGCCUAUAAUUUAUACAAUAAUAUAAUAUAAAUUAAAUUCAUUAUUAUUCUUAACUUAUAGUUAUAGUUAGUAUAUAAUAGUAUAGGCCUAGUGGCAAGUGAAAGUGGCCUAGUAAGUUUACUAGGUUGGGUUGAAAAAUAUAAUAUUGUUUUAAUGCUUUUACUUUUGGCAUAUCAGAAGUAAUAUGAUGUUUAAAAAAAUACAACUAUAACUAAAAUAUAUUAUAGUUUAUCGGCAUAGGGUAGGGCUUAGGCUAUCUUAAAAUGGUAUUAUAGAUAUCUAAUCUUUCUCUCCUAAGCUAAACGGAAGUAAAAUCUUAAUUUAAUAGUAAAUGCCAGGCACAGAAUCAACACUUAUAAUUGUAAAAUUUUAAAGUGAUCUAUGUCAAUUUUAUUCAAAUUUAUUGCCUUUAAGUAUCAUGUAUGCAUCAAAAAGUGCAAUCAACAGUUGUUUCAGUUUACCAAACUCAAACAAAUCAUAAAAAAAGCAAAUGAAACUGACAAUUUGUUUUUUUCUGAUUAGUCUGUAGCCAGCUAAGAUAACUCAUUUGAAAGAACUUUUAAAAUAGAGUAGCUCUUGAGGGAGAGGCGGCUGGUCUGCACCUUUCAGCUAUUGGUCAUAUUAAUUAAAGUAUAGUCUACCAGUCUGUCUAUAAAGACUAUUUAGAUGUUUAUUUUGUAACUGCAAGUUGUUCAUAUCAAUAAAUACAGCAGUAUUGUUACAAAAAUAUGAUUAAUUGAAAAAAAAAUUAUAAUGAAAUGUAGGCUAUAUAAUAUUUUGCAAUUUAUAUUAUUUAAAUAUUUUAUGUAGAUCAAGAUUUUAGUAACACCUUAAGGUAACUUCUUUUAGUUGUCCUCAUUUUUAAUUUUAUGAAUUUUAAAUUAUUUGCUUGUCAUCACUGAACCAUUAUUAACCGUUUUAAAUAAUUUAUUUUAUUCCAAAAGCUGGCAUGGCUGUAUUAAUGUACUCCCUUACUGAAGUCCUGGUUGCAAUAGGUAACAGCUAUUGGCGAUGUGUUGCCUGUCAGAUGCACUUUUCCAGACAAGCAAGUAUUGAUGAACAUGUGAUGCUCAAACAUAGAGAGAGCAGUCCACAUUUCAACUCUGGCACAGAAAUUGUUAACAAUGAUUGUUCAAAUUCAUCACGAUUGUCUAUACCACGAUCAAAUUGCCAUAAAAAAUUUGUAUCUGAUGGCCAGGUCAAUCAUACAGUUAAUUUUAGUUCUUGUUCUGAGCCUCAAAUUGUAAAAAUUGACUUGGAAAGUUGUUCUAAUGUUCCACAUGGUCUUGAUUCCCAAAGAAGGCACAGUAAAGAUACAAAAAAGACUAUAUUCACUCAUUUCCCUGAACAUAACACUGUGAACAACAAUGAGAAUGUACCAAAUAAUAAUGGUCCAAUUUCGCAUAAUGCUGUUCAAAUUGAUCAAGACUCCUCCUUUGAAUUACAAAAAGAUUCAG